CCUCCAGAUGAUGGUAAAUAUGAGCUGCUGAAGACUACUCUUCUAAGCAUCUAUGAGGAGUCCGAGUCUCGCCAAAUACAGAAGCUCAUCGGAGAGAUGGAGCUCGGCGAACAGAAGCCGUCUCACCUUUUAAGGCGAAUGCGUGAGCUCGCCAGGGAUAAGGUCAAUAAUCAUACCCUGAAUAUUCUUUGGCAAAAUCAUCUGCCCGCAUCAGUUCGUGCAGUAUUGGUGGUGUCCGACACGAAGGAGCUGAAUACCUUAGCGUCCAUAGCUGACAAAGUUAUGGAGACUGUCAGACCGUCUGGCUCUGGAGUAGACGAAGUCACAUCGGCAACCAGUGACUCGAUAAUAGCCGAGAUCGCUAAAUUAAAUAAGCGACUCGACCGGCUGACGCUGUCACGCUCGAGAAGAGGAUUCUACCGUGGAAGAGGUCGCGCCAGAUUCCGUUCCCGUUCCCGCCGUCGUCAGGAUUCGCGGCACAGAUCCCCAGCCCGCAAGGACUUGUGCUUUUACCACGCCAAGUACCAGGAGAAGGCUCACCGGUGCGUCACACCCUGCGCCUGGAAGGACGAGCCGGGAAACUCUCCGUCGUGCAGCCAGCAGCGGUGGCCAGCUGCAUAG